UGAGAGCAUCAUUCACCUGCGGACAGGAAAAUCUGCCAAAAUGUGCUGCAAGGGUUUCCUCAAAGUCAUGAUGUUCGUCUUCAAUGGCGUUAUCUUUCUGGCAGGCGCUGCCAUAUUGGGGGUAGGCAUCUGGGUGGCGGUGGACAGAGUCUCUCUUCUGGGCAUUUUAGAGAACAUUGAAGAUGCGCCACCCGAACUGGCCCAGCUGGCAAACAUUGGCUAUGUGCUGAUCGGUGUGGGAGUGUUUCUGACGCUCGUGGGCUUCCUGGGAUGCUGCGGAGCCGUAAAGGAAAGCAAAUGCAUGCUGCUCUCGUUCUUCAGCAUCGUGCUCAUCAUCUUCCUCGUGGAGGUGGCAGCGGCGAUAGUGCUCUUCGUCUUUGAGCCUUUGGUUCAGAAAGCUCUGGAUGGAAUUGGACAGAAAGUUGCUGAAAGCAUUAAGAAUAAAUAUGGCGAGGAUGAGAGUUACACUUCAAUCUGGGAUAGCACUAUGUCUGAGCUGAAAUGCUGCGGAUAUAAUAAUUACACUGACUUCAUGGGCUCUCCAUUUGAAUCUACAGCAUCAUUCUAUCCUGUCACAUGUUGCAGAAGCAGUUCAGGACCAUGUAAUGAAAAUGAAGCAAAAAGAGCGUCUGUCGUGGGCUGUUUCAAUGCGUUACUGAAUCUGAUCGAGGAUAAUGCAGUUCUGCUGGCUGGUGUGGCUUUGGGAAUCGCCGCUUUAGAGAUUGCAGCAAUGGUUGUUUCCAUGAUCCUCUACACGAAUGUAGGAAAAUGA